UGUAAUGUGGUCGAUCGAAAAGAUUUUAAAAUUAUGUAGUAUUAUCUCAUUUGACUUGGUUUUUAAUAAAUAUCAAAUAAUAUUCACUAUUGGAUUAUUAAUUUCUUGCACAUACAGUCUAAGUAAUACUUUAAAUAUUAUAACGCUAGAAGACUUACCAGACGUUUUUAUGGUUACCAUGGCGAGGCUGUGUAUAAAAGUUUUAGCAGUGACCACAGUUCUUUCAAGGAUAGCUCUUAUGUAUCAUGUAAAGUCAAAUGGGAAAAAGUACAAAACCACUUUAAAAGAUAUUGAUUUAUACUCGCCUAUGACGGCUAAAUCGUUGGCGCAUCAUAAACUAUAUUCUUUGGUGAUUAUAUCAGUUUAUCUAUUUGUAAUAUUUCCUAUUAAUCUUUUGAAGUUUUAUUUUACGUACCAAAAACAAAAAGUCAUUAUUUUGACUGUGUUCAUAUUAUUUGUGUGUAUGCAAAACCUCAACACUUGUUCAGUAGAGACCUACUUUGUCAUUCAAAUUUUCAGAAUAUACCUCAUGUUUCGAGAGAUAAACGACGAUCUCAUUGGUUUAAAACACAAACAUUCAGAAUACGAUGAAUUUUUAUAUCAUAACGAGCUAGAUAUUUUAUCGACAGCGGAACUUCCAUCAGUUAUAUAUAAUAAAGAUUUUUAUAAAUGUACAACUGGAGCACUCGCAGUUACCAACAUGGUAGAACUAUUGAGAAUAAGACAUUGGUUGGCUCGUGAAGCUGUCGAUGAUCUUAAUCAUUUGUUUGGUAUUCAAUUGGUUCUUACAGUAGUUUCACUUGGAACAUUGGCCUUACAUGAUACAUAUCACGAAGUCUUUUAUGUACACGUAAAUCGUGUAAAAUUUUUGUCUUACGCACGUUCUAUUUUAUUAUAUGGACUUAUUUUUCAGUAUUCAUUUAGAAUUUGCAUCAUUGCUUUAACAGCCCACGUUACAACAAAACAGGCACUUAAAGCUAAAUCUUUGAUUACUGAUAUUAAUAAUAGAUAUCUGGAUAACAAUACCAAAGAAGAGCUACAAUUGUUUCUAAAUCAAAUAUCAAGCCGGGCCAUUGAAUUUACAGCUUGUGAUUUCUUUACAUUGAAUACUCAUUUAAUCACAUCUGCUAUUGCUGCUGGAGCUACAUACCUCGUUAUUUUGGUUCAAUUUCAUUCGGGUUAGUAAUAAAAUCACACUGUACAAAAUAAAAUAUAAAUAUUUAUAUAUUUCAAAAGUAAAUUAUCUAUAAAAUGUAGAUUUAAAUUAAGUUUAUAUUUGACAAUUUUAUUUUGUU